AUGAGUGCUUCAUAUACCACGCUUACAAUCUACUCAGUGCAGUCACGAUCUCCGACUCAGCGUAUUGGUCGGACGCGCGAGUUUGUGGCGCCAGAAUUUUGGGCGACUCUUGCAAAGGAGGUGGCAGGUCUUCGUGAAACAUUUGACAACUCAGACGAAGAGGAACUCCAGUUAGAGCCAGCAGCCACUAGAAAUGCAUUUGCGUCCUCAACCAGUCAAGCACUUUUGUUCGGGUCGGCUUCAUCUUGCUUCUGCGGAUGCACUCCUGCUGCAUGGCCAACAAUGUCAGAGGAGAAACGGAAUGUUCUCCUGUAUUUGUAUCGUCAAAGCGUGGACUGCUUGUACAAGAUCCUCCACUGGCCAAGAGUGCUGGCGCAAAUUGCGCGCUUACAGAGGGAUGCGCGGGACGCGUAUAAGCCUCCUCCCAUCGGAGCGCUCGAGCUGUCGAUAUAUUUCACCUCGCUGUGCAGUAUCACAAACGAAGAAGCCAGGAAUUUGGGUCUGGGCGACAGGGUGGUCCUGAUAGAGCAGUAUCGUAAAGCCACAGAAAAAGCUCUUUCAGAAGCAGGUUUGCUCGAACAACCCAAUGUGACUGUGCUCCAGGCAUUUGUGAUAUACCUGGUGGGUCAUCGAACAUUUUACAACUCAGCAACAUGGUGGGCUCUGUUAGCAGUGGCCGUUAGAGCUGGCACUGCACUGCGUCUUGGGCAGGAGAACCAAGACGAAAUUGACAGAGUGGAACUGGAACUUCGCCGCAGAUUAUGGUACUGCAUUGCACUUAUGGAUACCCAUGGGUCUUAUGACAGGGGCACGCCUCCUAUACUUCGUUGGGACGACUUAGGUCCAGCUCCUCUUCUUCUGAACGAUGAAGAACUAUCAGGGGCUGUCGUACCAAUAUCUUCAUCGCCAGGUUUUAACGACAUGUCCUUUUUUGCUUUGAUGUUCCGGGCCAUGUGUUGCCAGAAAAAGAUCACAAGCAUAUCAGACAGCACAGAAGAGGGAUGGGCUGCCAGGUUACAGCUGGUAUCGUCAUUUGAAAUGUGCAUAAGACAAGAAUAUCUCAACGUUAGGGAAGAUGCACAGCCAUUUGAGAGGUUUACUGAACAGGUGGCGAAGGGGAUCAUCGCUAAUAUUCAUCUCGAUCUUCGAAGGCCGCCCUACAAGCAGCAUCCCGGACUCGUUCCUUCGUCAGAUGACUUCAACGUGUUGGAACAUUCGACACAACUUCUACAGCAGGAGUUUGUAAUCAAAUCGACAGAGUUCGCUCCAUGGGCAUGGAAGUCUUGGGUCCGAUGGAAUGCUCUGGCUAUCGUACUGGUGGAGCUGUUGAGUCAACCUCCUGGGGAAAGUUAUGACACAGCUUAUUCGAUUGCUGUUCAAAGCUACAAUCACUAUUCAAGUUUAAUUGCUGACACCGAGAAGGGAAUGCUCUGGAAACCCAUCACAAAGCUCAUGCGUCGACUUCAGCAACAGAAGCAUUCCAAUCACAUAUCAAAGCAGGCUUCGAACCUACCUAGUAGGACCCAUGGUGACACGCCGAUGUGUUCAACUACUUCGGAUUUCUCCAUGCCGAACCCUGGGUUGAAUAUUGAUAGCCAUGCCGGAAAUAUCUAUAAUCCCCACGGGGGUCAACCCAUCGCGACAAGCGAAGAUGCCCAAAUCGACUGGUUUACAUUCAUAGAUAGUUUCAGCAUGGACUACUCGGCCGAUUGGGAACAUGGUUUCAUUUAA